AUGGACGGCAACGUUGACGCGGCGAAAAUGGCUAUACCCGCAGAGACAGAUGCAGCGAAGGUAGGUAAGAGCGCUGCUGACGAUUCGACUGCCGCGGCUACCGCUGCGCCCGUUAGUUCUGUCAAGGAUACCCUAAAAGCAGACGAUCAGUGUGCAAACGGUGGGGAAACGGGCAAAGAGGGGAUGGCUGCUGGUGGGGGGGAAAAUGCAGCGAAGGCGGAAGGAGCGAAGGUCGGGGCAACGGACGGCGGGGGCGCAAAAGCGGAAACGCCGCAAGCAAAUGGCGAUGCUGUCGUAAUCGCGGAUGCUGAAAAACCGGAACCGGAAAAGGCGGAAGUGACUAAACCAGAAGCGGCUAAGGCAGAAGUGAAGUCAGCGGCAAAGAAGGUGGACGCGGAAAAACCGGAAACUGAGAAAGAAAAGACAGAAGAAAAGGCGGAAAAGAAGGCGGAUGAAAAGGCGGAAAAGAAGGCGGAUGAAAAGGCGGAAGAGAAGGCGGAAGAGAAGGCGGAAGCAAAGGCGGAAGAAAAAUCAGCGGAUAAGGGGGACGCGGAAAAGGCGGAAACCGAGAAACCGGAAGCGGGGGAUGCGAAAGCAGCCAAAGCGGAAGCGGGGAAGGCGGAAGUUGAUAAGGCCAACACGGGGAAAGAGGAAGCGGAGAAGGCGGCGGAGAAGCCAGAAGCGGGGAAGGCGGAAGCGGGGAAGGCGGACUCGGAGAUGACGGAAGCGGGGAAGGCGGAAGCGGGGAAAGCUGACGCGGAGAUGGCGGAGGCGGAGGCGGCGGAAGCGGGGAAGGCGGAAGAGGGGAAGACGGAAGCGGCGAAGCCGGAAACGGCGAAGGCGGAAGCGGGGAAGGCGGGAGCGGGGAAAACGCGGAGGUCGAGGAGGUCUCUAGCCGCCGGUGGUGACGGUGGUGGCGCUGACGCUGAAACCACCAACUCGAAAAAGAGGAAAGCGGAAACCGUCGAAGAAGAGCAUGCCGACGCGACGAAAGACGACGCGCCGCCGGUGGCUGGACACCCCGCGUGUGACCAAGGAGGAGAAGGCUGCAGCGGCAAGGGAGAAGCGGCGCAAGAGAGAGCUGGCUCUGCUCGCAUGAGCAGGAGAGCAGCACUUCUCCUGAGGGCGCACACCGUGACUCCUGACUAUGGAGGCUGGGGAGAGCUGGUGGUGCUGGCAUGCCAGGAAGAGAGGAGAGGAGAUGAGAUUUUGGAGAGGUGCCUCAAAGUGGAGGUGUGGCAGGAGGAAGUUGAUGAUGCACCGCGGUGGUGUGAUGGGGAAGAAUUGAGCGGCGGGGUGAGAUGCAGUGACAUGACAUGA